CCCCCGCUUUCUGCAACCAAAACCUCAGUCAGCGUGCGGCUGCUCUCUGUGCUGCAGGGCGUCCUGCCAGAUUCUGGGCUUUUAUUUUGAAUUUUUUUUCUUUUUUUUUUUUUCCCCCUCAGUAAGCGCAGAAAGUGCACCGGGAUUGUGUGCUGGCAGCCAGGCGUGCUGAGGAUGAGCAGCUGGCUCGUGUCCUUCCAAUCGUCUUUCUGGAGUUCCGGCACUUGGGAUUGCGGCUCUGAUGAUGGAACGAUCACCCUCAGGACUUACUUUGGCUACAAGCAAGUCCCUGUUGGCAGCAGCACCAAGAACAAGAUACCUCCAACCCUGAAGAUCCUCAGUGCUAACCCUGGUGCUCUCACGCUGGCUGGGCCAACCCAUGAUGGCACUGUGUCUGAAGCAAGUCUUCAACAAAGACAAAACCUUCCGCCCCCGGAAGAAGUUUGAGCCCGGCACACAGCGCUUCGAGUUGUACAAGAAGGCUCAGGCCUCCCUCAAAUCAGGGCUGGACCUAAAGGCUGUGGUACAGCUGCCUCCUGGCGAGAGCAUCAAUGACUGGAUAGCUGUGCACGUGGUGGACUUCUUCAACCGCAUCAACCUCAUCUACGGCACCAUGUCAGAGUACUGCACGGAGAAGAGCUGCCCCAUCAUGUCGGGUGGGCUCAAGUAUGAGUACAGGUGGCAGGACGAUUGCAAGUACAAGAAGCCAACCAAGCUGUCAGCCCCACAGUACAUGUGUAUGCUGAUGGACUGGAUUGAGAUGCUCAUUAACAACGAGGACAUCUUCCCCACCAGAAUAGGUGUUCCCUUCCCUAAGCAGUUCCAGCAAGUUUGCACUAAGAUCCUCACCCGCCUCUUCCGUGUCUUUGUCCAUGUCUACAUCCACCACUUUGACAGCAUCAUCAACAUGGGUGCUGAGGCUCAUGUCAACACCUGCUACAAGCACUUUUACUACUUCAUCAGGGAGUUCAGCCUUGUUGACCAUCGGGAGCUGGAGCCUUUGAAAGAAAUGACAGAACGAAUUUGCCACUGAAGCGAUUUCAGCAGGCAUACUCAGCAAGAUCAUUCAGCAUUCGAUGGGACAAGAGCCCUGCAGUGGGAGAUGUCUUCCCAAGGACUUGCUCUGGGCAUUUCAACUGAACUAUGAAAACUGCAGAAGAGCCUUUUUCUUCUUUGUCUUCAGAUGCAUCAAUUUCCAAGUGUUUUGUUAGCGAGACCUGCCCUGUAAGCAGGUGUGACCUUGACUACUGAGUCAUGCCCGUUGCCUUUCUCACAUGCAUUGAACUAUGAUAACAUGUGAGAUCAGCUCCGUAAAGCUGGUGACAUUUGAUCCCAACUGACUCCAUGGGGUUAGUUGCCAAUGUCCCUUUUUUAACCAGGAGCUAUGAAUGUCUCUCCUUCUGCCCUCAUUCGUGCUUUACCAAAGGGACUUUUCUUUUCCCUCCCCCCAGUAAUUUUUCACCCUUGGAAGAAGGGACUUCAGGAUGUUCUAAGAUGCAUCCAAUAUCACUUGGACUAAUGGCAAAGUGGCCCCUUGACAAAUGGAGGUGAACUGGGCCACUUUUCAGAGUGAUCAGCAGUCUACCUGAGUAUUUUCCAUACUCAGAAAUUGCAAUCCAACGUGAGGGAAAGAAACGUGCCAGAAAACAAGUGACGAUUCCUGAUAUGUUGUCCUGGCUCUAAAAAGCAGAUGCUGGUUGUAGAAAUCAUUGUCUUUCCAUUGCUCGACUGCAGCACAGACAUUGUUCUUUUGACAACAGUUGGAUUUUUUUUUAAUUAUUAUUAUUAUUCUGGGGGAAUUGAAUUGUCUGAGCCACAGUGUUGUUAUGUUUGUGUUUCUUUGCCUUUUUCUGGGAAAGUUUUAUAUAGAAGAUACAGUUGAUAUGUAUAAAAAGAGGUUUGCCCAUUCCAGGGGAAAGGGGGGUGUGGGUAGAAAAUGUAAAUAUUUAAGACAGCACUCAAGUUUGCAAGUGGAUUUUUAGUGCUCAAAGCACUUAUUUUAUUGUGAAAAUCUAUUUUUUUUAAUCUUACGUACCAGAUGUAUAUUUUUACAUGGGAAAUAAAAUGGGACGACAUGGACAAACCAUCCGAUACGUCAUGCCAAUAUUUUCUGUGUAAUACCAUCAUUAAAAGUCCAAACAUUUUUGUUCUGUUACUAAUUAAAGAAGCAGGAAUGA